AUGCUAGGCUUCAAGGCAGAAUGUCCUUCAGGCGUGGCAAGGGAGGACACCUUCCGACAAGUCUAUGCUCAGUUCUUCCCUCCCGAAGCGAAUCCGAAGCCUUUUGCUCGACUCCUUUUCCAUGCGAUCGACACGUCUCAAGCUGGGCACAUCACCUUCGAGGAUUUUGCCCUGACGAUGUCGACAUUGUGCCGAGGGGAGACAUCGGAGAAGCUCCGCUGGGCCUUCUCCAUCUACGACCAGGACCGAGACGGACGGAUCUCCAAGCUGGAGUUCCUCAACGUCGUCCUCGCCGUCUAUGCUCUCCUUGGCCCCCGCGUGGACCCUCCAGUGGAUGACUGGAGCAUCGUCGAUAAGGCCGAGCACGCUUUCCGGGUGAGGAUUCCAGACUUCCACAUUUCCUUCCUCUUCCGAUAG